CGUCAUGGCUUUUCCGGCAAUUGCUGCAUUUUUUCUAAGCGCUUUCUUAUUCUCCCCCGCGUUUGGCCAGGAGUAUGAGGCAAGCUCGAACGAGACGAAAGUUGAACAUUACCCGAUAGACGAGGCAAGCUCGAACGAGACGAAAGUUGAAGAUUACCCGAUAGACCAAUUCAUGAAUACGACUCAAGGUAUAUGGGUUUUGAAUACGACUCAACGAAAUCCACAAUCUUGCAAGAAAGAUACCAACGUAAACAUGACAGCAAACGAAACAUACUUUUAUCGGUCAUAUGAAGAAAAUGACACAAUUGUGAACGUAAGCCUUGUAGGAGAGUUUGGUCACUUUGCUGAUGAUGAGGACGUUCGCAAUCUAAUUACAAUUACAGGAGGUCAAACUGAUGUCGUCGCGGAGGUUUUACUCUACCGAAGUCAAAAUAACAGUUGUGGUGUAGUCCUGGUCACAGCUUCGAUUUCACGGGAAAGUGUCUCUUGGCUAGACGUUCGCGUAAGAGGUCGACCUAACGACACAGAGAACAAAUACGAGGACUGCAACAGACAUUUUUAUAUUUACGUUAAUGCGACAAAAAAGAACUGGACAUCUCCGUACAGAAGAGAUUGCCCAUGACUUUUGAGUUUAAUGACUGAGGCUGUGAAAAGUUUAUGUAGUGCCCUUAACGGAAAUGUUUAUUCUAACUUUAUUGAGACUUGCUUUCAUGUUGCAUUAAUAAAGUUAUUUGCCAACAAAAAAAAAA